CUUCGAAGUGCCGACUGAUGGAUAUUUCCGUAAUUUGCGAGAAAGGAUGAUGACAUAUACGUCAUUUGGAGAUGAUAAAUCGACUCCGUGGAGAUGGCGGAGUUCACGGCGCAGCCGCAGCAGCCAUCGUGGACUACAGCCUGGGAGUAGAUUUGCAUCCGAUCUUUGCAUCAAGGAAAUGGCCGAUUCCAAGGUGUAUCGCUUCGAUGAGGUCUCCAAGCAUAACGUCGCCAAAGACUGUUGGCUCAUCAUCUCCGGAAAGGUUUAUGAUGUCACCCCAUUUUUGGAUGAGCAUCCUGGUGGCGAUGAGGUUUUGCUAGCAGUAACCGGAAAAGAUGCCACCAAUGAUUUCGAGGAUAUAGGUCAUAGUAAUUCUGCCAGGGAUAUGAUGGCCAAGUACUACAUUGGGCAGGUAGAUCUUUCAACAGUUCCAACAAAGGGCACCUACAUACCACCUCAGCAAGCAUCCUACAAUCCAGAUAAAACUUCAGAGUUUGUAAUCAGAAUUUUGCAGUUCCUUGUGCCCAUAAUGAUUUUGGGCUUAGCCUUUGCUGUCCGGCGCUUCACCAAAGCAGAUUAAGCAUUCUGUCAUAAUUAUUCGUCCUCUACAAAAUUCGCUACAUUAGUCAAUUUAAAGACUUGGAAAUUAUUGAACUAUUAUGUAUUGCUACUUACUGUGAUGCAGUGAUUGCCUUCUCA